AUUGUGUCCAUAGGCAGAUCGGCCAAUGAGAACUUGGUUCCCUGUGAUGUGCUGCUUCUGCGGGGGCGAUGUAUUGUGGAUGAAGCGAUGCUGACCGGGGAGUCUGUGCCUCAGAUGAAGGAGCCGAUAGAAGAUUUGGACCCAGAACAUGUUCUAGAUCUGAACGCUGACUCUAGACUACAUGUCAUAUUUGGGGGCACGAAGGUUGUGCAGCACACCCCUCCUCAAAAGGCGACCAGUGGCCUCAAGUCACUGGAUAACGGAUGUGUGGCCUAUGUCCUAAGGACGGGAUUCAAUACUUCACAGGGGAAGCUCCUGCGCACUAUCCUGUUUGGAGUGAAACGUGUCACCGCCAACAAUCUGGAGACCUUCAUCUUUAUCCUCUUCCUCUUGGUGUUUGCCAUUGCUGCUGCAGCUUACGUAUGGAUAGAAGGCACUAAAGAUCUCAGUAGGAACCGCUACAAGUUGUUUUUGGAGUGCACACUAAUCCUGACCUCAGUUGUCCCGCCAGAGCUUCCGAUUGAGCUCUCCCUGGCAGUGAACACCUCGCUGAUCGCUCUGGCCAAGCUCUACGUGUACUGUACUGAGCCAUUCCGAAUCCCCUUUGCUGGCAAGGUGGACAUCUGCUGCUUUGACAAGACCGGGACGUUAACCAGCGACAGCCUUGUUGUCCGCGGUGUGGCCGGGCUAAAAGAUGGAAAGGAUAUAACGCCUAUCUCUGACAUCCCCAUCGACACUCACCGAGUAGUGGCCACCUGUCACUCUCUUGUGCAGCUGGAUGAUGGCACAUUGGUAGGAGAUCCCCUAGAGAAAGCCAUGCUCACUGCUGUGGACUGGGCCCUCACCAAAGAUGAGAAAGUGUUUCCUCGAAGCAUUAAAACCCAGGGCCUGAAAAUCCACCAGAGAUUCCAUUUUGCCAGCUCCCUCAAGCGGAUGUCUGUCCUGGCCUCGUACGAGCGGCCCGGCUCCACUGAUCUGUGUUGCGUGGCCACGGUUAAAGGAGCGCCGGAGACGCUACACAAGAUGUUCUCUCAUUGUCCGGAGUAUUAUAACCAAGUGCACACUGAAAUCUCCAGAGAAGGGGCUCGGGUUCUCGCCCUGGGAUACAAAGAACUUGGGCACCUGUCUCAUCAGCAGAUCCGUGAAAUCAAGAGGGAGACCCUGGAGUGUGAUCUAAAGUUUGCAGGCUUCAUUGUGGUUUCCUGCCCCCUGAAAGCAGACUCCAAAGCCGUCAUCAAAGAGAUUCAAAAGGCAUCGCACCAUAUUGUGAUGAUCACUGGAGACAACCCUCUCACUGCCUGCCAUGUCGCUCAGGAGCUCAGCUUCAUUGAAAAGGAGGACACAUUAAUCCUCCAACCUACUAACAAUGCGAAAGGUGCCAGUUGGAUAUGGCAGUCCAUUGAUGGCACAGUGUCUCUGCCUGCCUUCCCAGACUCCGUGCAAGCCUUCACCGAUAAGUACUACCUAUGCCUGACAGGGGAGGGCCUGUCCUACUUGCAGGCCACCAGAGCAGACAUGUUGGCUGCUCUCAUCCCACACACUCAGGUGUUUGCACGAGUGUCCCCGAAACAAAAGGAAUUUGUGAUUACGAGUCUGAAAGAGCUGGGCUACAUCACAUUGAUGUGCGGAGAUGGGACGAAUGACGUGGGGGCGUUAAAACAUGCUAAUGUGGGGGUAGCCCUACUCGCCAAUGCUCCAGAACGCCUACCUGAGAAGAAGAAGAAGCCCCGGGAAACCGUGACAGAGGGCAGACCUGCUGGACCAUUCUCGAGCAACUCCAUCAAGCCCACUUCCAGGGCGGCAAGGAACCGGAUCAUGUCCCAGCGAGAGGAACAACAGGCUCAGCAGAGGGAGCGGAUCAGCCAGGUCCUGAAGGAGUUGGAGGAGGAUCAGGCGCAGGUGGUGAAGCUGGGAGAUGCCAGUAUUGCUGCUCCAUUUACCUCUAAGCUGUCGUCCAUACAAUGCAUCUGCCACGUUAUCAAGCAGGGCCGCUGUACUCUGGUUACAACGCUGCAGAUGUUUAAAAUACUGGCCCUGAACGCUCUUAUCCUGGCUUACGGACAGAGCGUUUUGUAUCUGGAGGGGGUCAAGUUUAGCGAUUUCCAAGCUACAUUACAAGGGCUACUUCUGGCCGGCUGCUUCCUCUUCAUCUCCCGAUCUAAGCCUCUCAAAUACCUCUCCAGUGAGCGUCCUUUGCCUAACAUCUUCAACUUGUACACCGUCCUGACGGUGCUUUUGCAGUUCCUUGUCCAUUUUGGCAGUCUUAUAUAUUUAUACCGAGAGGCAAUCUAUAGAACUGAACCCAGGAAGGACGAGUUUGUGGACUUGUAUAAGGAGUUUGAGCCGAGCCUGGUGAACAGCACCGUGUACAUAAUGUCCAUGGCCAUGCAGAUGGCCACAUUUGCCAUCAACUAUAAGGGUCAUCCUUUUAUGGAAAGCCUAAGAGAGAACAAGCCGUUGCUGUGGAGCAUUGUGCUGUCCGGAAUGGCUAUUGUCUGCCUCCUGUCUGGAACAUCUCCAGAGUUCAAUGAUCAGUUUGGCCUGGUGGACAUCCCUGUGGAGUUCAAGCUGGUUAUUGCCACAGUUCUGUCUGUGGAUUUCUGCUUGGCCUGGUUGGUGGACCGAAUCCUCCAGUAUUUCUUGGGGAGCUGUAACCUCAAAGUGCCUUCAUGAACCCAGACAGCAAGGAGUUAACACUGCCCACAACAUGGCUCCAUCUAUAGGUCAGUCUUCAUUUCCCAAAGCACGUACGGCCCCUCGACAAGAGGAAUUUCUGGAAACUGCAUUCUGUGACAAGAUGAAGAAAACUCAACACUUGAAGAAAUCACCACAUGCUCGGGACAUGACAAACUGAUCUUUUUUUGUUUUUCUACUCGAAAUCGCUUUUGGAAAGCGCAAACGAUUUGUAAAAUAAACAUCAUUGAUGAAUUUUA